AUGGGUACCUUCAGGCGAUCGAAGAUGAUGCUCUUUUUGUCGAACGUCGGCAUUGUACUGGGCGUUGUAGUCUUCAUGGCCGGGUACUUCAGUCCUCCUCCAAGGCUGCCAUUUGAUAACGGCGUUGAGCAGGUUGGGUUGGAAGGAGCUGAAGAGGAGGAACGUUAUCCUCAGCCAUCUGCGCCCUUCGACAAAGUCGUCUUCAUGGUUAUAGAUGCGCUGCGCAGUGACUUUGUCUAUGGAGAAGACUCGGGCUUCAGCUUUACACAAAGUCUCAUAAAAUCCGGGUCUGCCAUCCCGUUCACUGCUCUCGCAGCCCCGCCAACCCUAACUCUGUCCCGUAUCAAAGCCAUGACUCAGGGUAGCGGGCAGUCCUUCCUCGACGCAUGGCUCAAUGUCAUGCACUCCGCCGAUGCCAGGCGACUCGUGGGAGAGGAUACAUGGUUGUCUCGCUUCAAGGCGGAACGUGCACCGGAAAAGAAGAUGGUCUACUAUGGCAUCGACAUGUGGUGUAUGCUAUACCCGGAGAUAUGGGACCGCUACGAGACCGUCGACUCCUUCUACUUACCGAACUUCAGCGAGGUUGAUAGCAACGUUACGAGGGGAUUGACAUCCGAGCUCGACAAGGAUGACUGGAAGGGGCUGGUGUUGCAUUACCUCGGUCUCGAUAAUGCAGCUCACUUUGGUGGCGCUGGAAGCUCGAUCGUGAGAGCAAAGGAAGUCGAAAUGGACGAUGUGGUCCGCCAGAUAUAUACGGCAUUGGAGGAACAGUCCAUCCACGCCAACACUUUAUUUGUCCUAGCCGGCGAUCAUGGGAUGACGGACAACGGCAACCACGGGGGUGAUACACCCGCCGAGAUUGCCUCUGCGCUGCUCUUCAUGUCGCCGAAGUUUAGAUCACUCAGAAACACGUUCACGAGCCCUCAGCCGCGCAAUCCGGAGUAUACGUUCUAUUCUGUGGUUGACCAAGUCGACAUUGUCCCCACGCUGGGAACACUGCUGGGGUUCUCAAUUCCUGCGGGAAGUGUGGGUGUUGUUAUCAAACAGUUGCUUGCAAUUUUCCCGGAUUUCAGUCAGCAGAUGCGCGUCCUCAUGCGCAAUGCCCGGCAGAUUGUCACCCUUCUGCGCUUGAAACAUGGCUUGGAGGGACCGAUACAUCUAGAUUCGUGUGAUAGUACCUGCCAUUGUGGCUCGGAUAAAGCUCGUCGCGUUCUGUGCCUAUGGGAAAGGUUCAAUUCCAUAGAAUCUGUGACAGCGCGGAGUGAGGACGCCGAUACGCACAAUGAUGCCCGGUUGCUGCAGGAGGUACGUCGACUUAGCCUUGGGCGGGACAAGUGA